AUGGCGAGAAAAGCUAAAGAAACUAACUUGGAUAUAAGAAACUUAGUAACUCAUCACUGGUUAGGAGAUGAAGGUAGAAUUGAAGACAGACCUGAACAUGGAAGGAAAAAGGUCUUAAAUUUAUCAGAAGAACAUUUUAUUGUACAAAAUGUGAAACAAAAUCCAAGAAUAAAUGCCUCUCAAAUUAACAUCGAGCUCCAACAUUUGUGUAAUAAAACUGUUUCUAAUGCAACAGUCCGUAGAAUGUUGCGGAAGAAUUCAUACAAUGGACGAACACCCAGAAGGAAACAACCAUACGCUACUGCAGUAAAUCGAAAGAAAAAAGAUUUUGCAAGAACAUUUAUAUCAAGAUCUAGAGAAUUUUGGAGAGAUGUUACAUUUUGUAACGAGAGUAAAUUCAAUAUUUCGGGGUUUGAUGGUCACAUAAAAGUAUAG